CGGAUAUUCCAACAAUGCCCCUCGAAUAUUCUGUUCUUAAUAACGAUAUCUCACCCUCCCUUCUCUUCCCUAUCUUCUGCCAUUUUCUCGAAGAUUUUCCUUCACAUUCAGCCCCCGUCGUCUUGCUUACUUUGCUACCAAACACUCCCAAAGCAGAGGCAUGAAAUUCGGAAAGAGUCUCAGCAACCAGAUUGAAGAGGCUUUACCUGAAUGGCGCGACAAGUUCCUGUCCUACAAGGAGCUCAAGAAGAAGCUCAAGCUCCUCGAGCCCAAAGGAGGUGAUAGGCCGACCAAGCGUCCGAGAGUGGAUCAGGCCGUGGAAUCCACCCCCGGAAACGGCUCCAACACCUCCAUAGACGAGAAGCAGAGCAUGUCCAAGGAGGAGAUCGACUUCGAAAGGCUGCUGGAGAACGAGCUCGAGAAAUUUAACACGUUCUUCGUUGAGAAAGAGGAGGAGUACAUUAUCAGAUUGAAGGAGUUGCAAGAUAGGGUGGCGAAGGCAAGGGAUUGCAACGAAGAGAUGAUGAGUAUUUGGAAGGAGACGGUGGAUUUCCACGGAGAGAUGGUUUUGUUGGAGAACUAUAGCGCCCUUAACUACACAGGAUUGGUGAAGAUACUGAAGAAGUAUGACAAAAGAACAGGUGCUCUCAUUCGCUUACCCUUCAUUCAAAAGGUCUUGCAAGAGCCCUUCUUCACCACCGACCUGCUCUACAAGCUUGUCAAGGAGUGCGAGGCAAUGCUGGAGCGCCUCUUCCCCAUGAAUAAUGAUCCCCCGGCUCCGACAUUAACGACCUCGCCAGCAAACAGGGAUGACGCGUGUGAUCCAGCGGCAACUUUGGAUACUACCAAGAAUGAUGACAUGCUCAAAAUGCCAAAGGAAUUUGCUGAUAUCGUGCAUAUGAAGAGCUUAUACAUGAAGAGCACAGUCUCAGCGCUGCGGGUUUUGAAGGAAAUUCGGAGUGGGAGCUCAACCGUUAGCGUUUUUUCAUUGCCACCGCUGCAAACCAGUGGGCUUGAGGAGACUUGGAUUAAAGCUCCAAUCCUGGAACAAGCAGCCAAGUAAUUGGAUUUGGGUAAACGGAUUGAGACAAGUAUUUCUUACUUUUACUCGGGCAACUCCUACGAUAGAAAUGCCUUGGAUACAAACACAUGUAGAGUCCCAAACUCCCACCUAAAAUCAAUAUAUAUAUGUAUAUAUAUAAGUUGUGUAGUAACAGAAUGUUUGUGAUUUAUAGAAGUGAAUGGUGUUUCCAGAUUUAGCAAAGGAAAAAUUGGUUUCCAUUUUCA